AUGUCGACGAACACGAGACCCAAGGUGGCGGCGAUGAGGAACGCGAGGCUGGCGCCCCCGCUGAGCAUCGUGACGCAGCUGGGCCCCGAGGAGGACCAGUCCCCCUGGCUGGAGGAGCUGCGGGCGGCGUGGCUUCACGCGGAGACGCGCACGCUGUGCCGGGGAGGGGGGGCGGCGCUCGGGCGCUCGUGCGCUGCGCGCUUCCCCGAGCUGGCGCUGCGCGUGUGCCUCCCGUGGCGGGACCGAGACACGCUACGGGCGCCACGACCUCCGGCGCCGCCAGAGAGCGCCGCCUCUCCCGCCCCCGACGCCGUCGACGAGGACUCGAUGACGGCGGCGGCGACCGCACGCGUCGCCGGGCCCGAGCACGCGGGGACGUUGCCCGAGGCCGGCGAGGUGAACUUGUCGGAAACCUCUUCGGGCUCGGAGCUCUUGGGCGAGCGCUGUCUGCUGCCACCCCACCCCGCCGCCACUUACGCGGAGGCCGGCACGGAGCGGCCGUCCUCCUUCGGCCGAGCGGAGCCCGGGCGGCGACGGCGGAGAGAGACCGACGGAGGCGGCGGGACCUCGAGCCGAGGCAAAAGCGGAGGACGCCAAGAGCAGCAGGCGGUGGACGUCUCUCCGAGCCACGCCUCGGAACACAACGCCGCGGCUCCCACGGACACGGAGAUUGUAGUCGAAGCGUCGCCGCCUGACACGUCCGAGGAUCAAGCUGCCGCCUCCUCCGCCUCCUCCGUGCUGGGGGCGGCCGAGACGAACGACGGGGGCGCGGUGUUGAACGCGACAACGGCUGCGACGGUGGCGGCGAUUCCUGUGGAGCCCUCGCAGACGCAGACGCUUCAGCCGACGCCUCCGAAGCAGCAGCAGACUCAGCAGCAAACUCAGCAGCAAACUCAGCAGCAGGCGCAGCAGCAGGUGCAGCAGCAGACGGGUGAUGCAGCAACGCAAGCGGUGGCUGUGCUGCCCUCCGCGCAGCAUUCUGAGACGGUGGAGACGGUUGGAGACAGGGUAGUGGACACCGUCGACAGGACUCUGCCAGCGUCCACCCCAGCUGGAGAGUUGCUCGCAGUGGAGGAGUCGGCAGUACAAGGAGCAGGAAAUGGCAGGGCAUCGCCUCCCACUACUGUGGGCGCUACGGCCGCGGCGUCGGAGUUCUACGCGGAGGCGAGCAUCGCGGGCGAAGUGGCGCUCGCUCCGGGCGGUCUCGUGCACGGCUCGAGCCAGAAGGAGUCUGUGUUCAUGCGUCUCAACAAUCGCAUCAAGGCCCUCGAAGUCAACAUGUCGCUCAGCAGCCGCUACCUGGAGGAGCUUAGCCAGAGGUAUCGCAAGCAGAUGGAGGAGAUGCAGAAAGCUUUCAAUAAGACCAUCAUCAAGUUACAGAACACCUCUCGCCUUGCGGAGGAGCAGGACAAGAGACAGUCGGAGACCAUCAACCAGAUGCAGGUGCAGCUGGGGAAUCUGUCGGACCUGAUCAACAACCUCAGCCAAGCCACCGAGACUCUGCAGGCAAAGGUGUCGGAGCGCGACGUGUCGCUGCUCAUCUCCGAGAUGGUCUGCGUGCUGCUGGUGUUCGUGCUCUGCUGGCAGCGCUGCCGGCGGCCCCGAGCGCCCACCAAGAGCACCGCGAACGUCGCCUAUGGCGACGGCAGCCUCUGCGGAUCCUACCCCGAUACACAGUGCCUCAUGACCUGCGGCAGCACCAAGCUUCCGUUCCACCCCAACGGCGUCACCCGCUCCAGGUCGUUGCAGCUCACGAGGUCGCCAGUGCUCAAUGACCUGUACAUCGUGGAGCCGCUGCAGUUUCUUCAGGACCAUAAAAAGAGGAAAAGAGCCAAGCCAUGCAAAACGGAAAAGUCGGACGCGCCCAGCGUCGAUCCCGAAGACCGGGCAUUAUUGGACAAGGGCAGCCACCACAAGCUGAACGGUGCACUCGUGCCUAACGGUGUGUCGAACGCCAGCAUGUCGGGUGCCGGUGAGUCGAGCGCAGGCGUUCUCUUCAGCAGCUCUGGCGGGCGUCCCCCGUCGCUCGCGGGGCACGAACCGCGACUGUCGCAACCGCCGGGCUCCGCGUGCGGCGGCUCCUCCUCCUGCACCUCCUCUUCCUCCUCCGCCUCCUCUACCGCCUGCGCGCAGACGGUGAAGCUAGCGGUGAACGGGCGUCCUCGCGGCGGCGAGGAGCGGGGAGUGCCCAGGAGGAAGCGAUCGCGGGCGUGCUGCGCCGCGGGCAGCGGUGGUGGUGCGAGGGAGCACGGCGUGCUCGUCAGCAGCCUGCUGCGUCGCCGCUCAGGCUCUUUACCGAGCCUGCGCGCCAGCGGUGACGGCGUGCGGAAGCCGCCUCCGAGAAAGUUCCCCGUGGAGACGGUGGGCGUCGUGACGGUACCCAUGCGCUCGUGACCGCAUGACCGCGGAGGAGGAUGGGCGAAGGGGGGGCAAGCAGGGCAGGGUGCUGGAAGCAUUCAAAAGCGAAAGGAAUGUUUUUCGAAAUGAACCAAUGAAGCCAAUGCGUUGCGCUGAUGGUUUUCUGGGUGCGGGCGGAUGGCGUUGGCGCUGGGGACGCAGCGGGCAACGUUGUUAAGUGCCGCAGUGUUGCAGGAUCCUAAGUUCAUGGAGUCAUUUACCGUGGCGUCCCGUUACCAAAACAAAAGAACAAUGGUCUAACCCUACAAAUGAGCUGAAAUAGGUUUUGCUGUGCUGUUGCGAGCACACCAAUAUUAUUAACGCUACGAGACUCGACACUUAUUCAGCUCGCCCUCACAUGUCUUCUUGGAAGUGACUGAAACAGUGAAGAAUGGGAAGCUGUGCCCACCUCCAUACAUUUACGACGAGUUGGGGGUUGACUGAAAUUUACAAUGCAGACCACGCAUGAUGGGGCACUACGGUAACAACAAUUGCAUCAGCGAGACUCUGUCUUUGAUGGUCUUCGUCGUGUGGUGGAGGCGACACUGUGACACUCGGGGAAGUAUUUGCCAAGAAUAAUACUGAUCUAUGCUAAGCUCCAAUUUCAAUGAAGGUUCUUGAAGCAUAGAGCUCUACCGGAAGAUUUCACAACACUCAAGCUUGUUUGCCUUGCAACCUUUCAAUCGAAGAGAGAGGCUUUCAGCCCAACUACUCAUUGUGACUGAUCCUAAAUGAGGCAGGAGCCAACAAGUAUUUAAUUGUACUCUUAUUUCAGCCACGCAGCCUUGAGUGCUGUAAAUCUGGCUUUCAUGGUACAGAGUGGACUGCAUCGAGUGUGUAGUUUGGGUUGCUGAGCCAUGCCUACCAGUUGUGAAGCGUCCAGAGACAGCAGCCCUGCACUGUCAUUCGUAAGCACGAGCAAACUCGCCUUCUCUAGGCAACUGAAGAGGUCUAUAAAGUCGUGCAGUGCCAUCCAAUACUUUAUCCCCAGGGUGACACGUACCGUAUUUUUACGCAGGAAUGUAAUCCCAAUGGACAGUGCUCGACGUUGAUGUUCGACGUUGUACUGCAUCGCCGCUGUUUACAGUCGCGUCACUGCGCCGCGGAUGCUCCGACACCGGACCUCUGACGCGCAGGGAAAGGGGCGACGUUUGUGACCGGAAGCUCGUGCAGAUCUUCAACUGUGAACCACGUUGGGGGUCCGUCUCCUUUCACGACGACCUUUGCACCCCCCCCCCCCCAUCGCGCCUCUCACUCGUGAUGCUUGAAUGGAGCCCUCGCCAGGCCCACCCCAAUGUGUGGCACCACCGCGGACAUGGAAAGGGAAGGUGUUGCGCAUCCUUCGUGAAGAAUGUCAUAAGGCCCGGCACCAAAACGCGUUUCUCACGAACUCUUAACCUGAUUGCUCCUGCCACAGUUGAAAGUGCUUUUCUCCACUGUCUUUUUGCAUUCGUUAGUCUAGGCUUCCUGCGCUGAGCCAUGGACUGUUCAUCAACAAGACUGUUUGGACGCACGGCUGUGAGCCGAGUUGGUUACAUUGAACUUUUGUUAGUGGCGGUAGGGCAAAGUGUCAGUACUGUACUGAUUUUUGUUCAUAUACAGUCUCUCUCAUGGACUUUUUUUACGAAGCUGCACCAACUCGAAACGCCGUGGGUCAUUGAGGAAGGUGAUGACAGCGGUGAUAUUUAGGCUCGUAUGUUCUUAGUCGGGGUGGUGAUAUUUUACUUGGGAGGAUUUUCGACCGAUGGACGUGAUACCCCCAUCUCCGCGAGUUGUGCAACACCCCCCACCACCCCCCUCCACCCCCCCCAAGGCUGCAUCAGUUUCACUUGUAGAGGUCUAUACAAGGGUACGAAUGUGGAAUCCGAUGAUGGCAUACAAUAGUAAUAAGCGUAACUGUCCAUCGCAGAUAGGGAACAAUACUACCGUUGCCUUUUGAGCAGUGUUUUGUCAAACAGGCUUUAGAAAUGUGACUUAUUGCUGCCCGUCAAGAGAUCCGUACACGCAACACACUUUUAUAUACUUGGGUGGGUUUUUUUUUUACUUACAUGAGGGGCAUACGAUACUUAGUUUCUGAUGCAAAGUGCAAUCGAGCGAAGCGGGGAUUAAAAGGAUAACACAUUAUCUGCAACCGAGUUGCUGUAAGGCAUAGGUUUGAGAAAUUAAGGCUUUAUUACAGUGUUUUAAUUUAGCGUGUGCAUGUGUGUGUGUGUGCACGGACGAUAGCGUACUUCAGUUGUUGAGCCGGCCAUCUGGUUUUAUUUUCGUGAAGUUACAUUUGUGAAAGAAUGCUUAAGAAAUGUCUGCUUGACUUUUUAUCUUUCCUCUUAUUUUCUCUUCACUAAAAUUCUGUGUUGUACUCUUCACCGCUGAAGUGAGAGGCAAUCGUCGGUGAAAAGGAGGUUGUGGGGGAACCACGUGGAGAGAGAGAGAGCAAGUUAAGUGUCCGGGUGGGGGUUAGGGUUGAGGAUAGAGUUUGGGAUAAAGCUGAGAUCAGGAUAUGAUUGGCCAGUUUGGGUCACCCCUGUAACUCGUGCCAAACAUGGGCUUUUUACAUUGCAUCUCCCUUUCGCAUUUGGUAUUGACAGUGCCCAUUCUCUGCGUUAUUGUUUUACGUCCGUAAACAAAUGGGAUUGCAUGGGCGUAGAGCAUGGGAGUCACAGACGUAACGAGGGACAGGGUGACAUCCUCUUGUGCUACAGCUCGAACGGCACAAACCCCCUGCAACUCGGCAUCGUCCUCUAUUUCUUCUCCCGGGUAAGAAUCUGAAGCGGUAAUUAUUGUCGAUACUAAUGUCACUCUCGCAAAAAAGCCAAAUUUCGAGGGACUGUUGUAAUGAGCUGUUGUGUGAUGUUUCAGACGUGUAACUGAAGCACUUACUCCAAUCUAGUCUCGUGAAGAGGGAGCAACACUUUCAGCAUUUUAAACACUCAAGAGCUGGAAACAAACCCAACCCAUUGAACAGAGCAAUUGAUGAAAGGGGUUUAAAUGGAUAGAUUAAGGCCGUGUUAAAUUGCCUGACGUCUAAACAGCAUUGGCUUUGUCUGGAGCGUCAAUUUUCAUGCUUGUUGAGUUUCUCGGUUGUACACUUUAGGUCCGCACGACGCAGUGUACAUAAUGCAGCAAACACACACACACUUGGGUUCUUAUUUAUGUAUUUAUUGUUUAAUGCAAACUCUCCGCGGACAACUAGUUGGUUCAGCCAGUACUGCUAUGACCCAAAAAAGGCACCCAGAUAGGUUUUAAUUAAACCGGGUGGACAAAGCCCUUUUAAAUGCUCCUUCUCGCCCAUCAAGAAUGGUGAAAGCCAUCUUUGGAACAAACUGGAAUGUGAUUGCAGUAAUUUAAUGCAACCCAAUCUGCUUUUGUGUGUCCAAUGCAACUGGAAACUCCAAAGUGAAAGUCGUUGCUCCUCUGAACUGUAACUACAAACCUCCACCACUCCUCAGUCCUGUAAGAAGUGCAUGCAGUCUUUUUUGUAGGAGACUAACACAAUGAAUAAUGUUAUUUUAUUUAUCCUUAAAUGCAACAUUCGUCCCAUUUCAUACUUACCUUGUUCCUUAUCAGUUAUAUUUUCCAACCAGUUUUGUAACGUGGUGUCGUUCUAUUUAAUUCAUACUCACUUCUGGUAACACCUCUCUCCUGGAACCAGCACUACAGAGCCACGUGUCACCGUGUCUCAUGUACAUUCAACACAAAUCUCUCCCACUUUUGGUUAGGGGGUGUGUUAAUUUAUUUUUUUACGGUGGACAUUUCACGUUUACGUUUGUAACUUCGUUGUAGGAGUUGUUGGUGUGACCCAUUGGGAAAAAUAAAACAAUCGAGCCAUCUGUGUUGCGUGGCUUCACCUCUUGGCAUUCUCUUUAAGAUUCUGCGCAGAGGAAAAAAUGGCCAUUGCACUUGAAACUGCCUGGUGUGCGCACGUGGAUUUGUAGUCCGGAAGAGAAUUUAUGUAGGCCUUCUGUGGUUUCUCGACCUGGAAGUUUUGACCGCCCGUGUCACGUACGUUUGUGCGUUUUGCACUUGCAUCCCUCCCUUGAAAUCCAAGCGUUUGUCUUGCAGCGAAGUGUCAGCAAGUUCAUCACGAAGCUGUAAUCUGUGGCAAGGCACAGGUGCAUUACAUUACUGUCGGCGCCUGACGCUACCUCAAAUGAAACAACCGUGGACUGAAUGUAUUUUACUUAACGCGCACACAAUUGGACACAUUUGCUCGACGAGGAUUUUAUUUUUUAAAUGUCGAGAGAUCCUGGACCGCAACACAAAUGUGCCAUUGUUUUAGGAGAUACUGUGAAUUGUUCCCCGCGUGAUGAUACCUUCUGGUGUGAUGUACACGACUUCCCUUAUUUUAAAGAAAAAAUGUUCACGUGUUUCUGGUCAAUUUGUGAGUGGGAAGCGAUGAUUAAAUAAACACAAGUUUUAAUCAGCGCGCCUGCUCUUCCUGUUAUUGUGGGUUGAUGGUUUCGAGGGAUGCCCUCAUCACAAUCCCAACAUGUUGAUUUUCAUGUUGUGGAAUGUGAACCCCCUUUUUGGGAUGUAUCCCCAAUACGAAAAAUAAAUAAGUAUAACCCGUAAAAACAAAGUUUUUCACUAUAAAUCCUUUAUAUGCGUGGCGGCUAAAGUCCUCUCGUCCUCUGGCUUGAGAUGGCUGCCACCUAUGGGUCAGAUGAUUGUCUGCCAGUAUUAAGCAAUUGGUAAUUAAAUAUUUAAUUUGUUUUCCCUAAAGUUUUAAAAAAAAUGUCACGAACAUUAAUUGUCUCGCACGAGUCUGUGUGCAAAAUGUCAGCUCGAUUGGAUCACGGGCAGUGGGUUAAAAAACGACCGAAAGAUUUGCACGGUCGCAAGCAAGCAAGCACGCAAGCAAGCAAGCGAACUUAAUAUAAAGGAUUUAAAAAAUCGGACCUCGAUCUGAAAUUUUGGAUGAUCUGAAAUUUUGUUUGUUUUGGUUGGUCCGAAAACAUGACAUCACUUCUGUAAUUUUUCCGCCAAAUGUGGUACCAUGUGACACGUCACUUUUGUUUGCAUACAUACAUUUGUAGGCAAUCUUAAUAAUUCCAAAGCCCGAAAACAAUCUGAUUGUCAAAUAUAAUAAAAAAAGAUUCUGUGCUACUUAUCUCGAGAGUGUAAAAUGUAUUUAGUGUUAAUAGAAAUGAACUGCAACUUUAAUGAAUUGUUUAAAAAAAAAUAUUCAUUUCAAUGUCACUUUUGUCACAAUAAACUUUAGAAUGUGCCGUUA